GCGCAGAGCAGCGGGCACAGAACAGCGGGCACAGAGCAGCGGGCAGAUCACAUCAGCGUGCCGGGCACAGAACAGCGGGCACAUCAACGGGCACAGAGCAGCGGGCACAUCACAUCAGCGGGCACGCAAAGUACCGGGCACAGCACAGCAUACAUCACCGAGGACACAUUACCGGGAAUAGAUCCGGGCACACAUUACCGGGCGGGUGUAGAGCGGAGAGAUCCGAGGAUGGCACCGCUCAGAGUCACCGUCAUCGGCUCCGGCAACUGGGGAUCGGCGAUCUCAAUCAUCAUCGGCAACAACACCAAAAGGUCCAACCGCUUCCACCCGCUGGUGAACAUGUGGGUGUGGGAGGAGCUCGUCGGCGGGCGCAAGCUCUCCGAAAUCAUCAACCAGGAGCACGAGAACGUCAAGUACCUCCCCGGCCACCGGCUGCCCCGCAACGUGGUGGCGAUGCCGGAGUUGGCGGACGCGGUAUCCGGGGCAGAUAUCUUGGUGUUUGUGGUGCCCCAUCAGUUCAUCGGCACCAUCUGCGACCGGCUAGCCGGACACCUGAAAUGUGGAGCUUACGGCAUCUCUCUGAUUAAGGGAGUGGAUCAGGGGCCCAACGGACUGAAGCUGAUCUCAGAUGUGAUCCGGGAGAAGCUCGGUAUACAGGUCAGCGUUCUGAUGGGGGCAAACAUCGCCAGCGAGGUGGCGGAGGAGAAGUUCUGUGAGACCACCAUCGGGUGUAAGAAUCCACAACAUGGACAGAUCUUUAAAGAACUGAUGCAGACGGCAAACUUCCGGAUCACGGUGGUGGAGGACUGCGACACGGUGGAGAUCUGCGGAGCCCUGAAGAAUAUAGUCGCGGUGGGCGCUGGAUUUUGUGACGGUCUGGACUUCGGUGAUAACACGAAGGCCGCUGUGAUCCGUCUCGGUCUGAUGGAAAUGGUGGCGUUCGCUCGUCUCUUCUGCACCGGCGCCGUCUCCACCAGCACCUUCCUGGAGAGCUGCGGCGUCGCCGACCUCAUCACCACCUGUUAUGGCGGAAGGAACCGCAGAGUGGCGGAAGCCUUCGUCAGGUCUGGUAAAUCCAUCGAGGAGCUGGAGAGAGACAUGCUGAAUGGACAGAAGGUCCAGGGCCCCCCGGCCUCCGCCGACGUCUACAACAUCCUCAAACAGAAGGGAGUGCUGGAAAAGUUCCCCCUGUUUGUGGGCGUGUAUCGGAUCUGCUAUGAAGGACGCCCCGUCCAGGAAUUCAUCUCCUGUCUGCAGAACCAUCCGGAGCAUUACUAGAGCACGGCAUUCUGGGUACAGCCUGAGACGGGACCACGAUUCGCACAAAGGAUCCUGGGUAACGCCUCGCCUCAUCCCAGCCGGAAAACUUUAUUACUAUUUCUGUGUCUGCGCUGCUUUCUGUGUG